UGAUCAAUUUAGGGUUUGUGUAGCUGGCCGAGAAUAGAACCCUACCUUCGAAGUUUUAGGAUUGUUACAGGGCCGCAGCCAUGGCGGAUAGAGCAGGCAAAGGAAGAAAAGAGGACGUUGUUACUAGAGAGUACACCAUUAACCUUCAUAAACGCUUGCAUCGAUGCACUUUCAAGAAGAAGGCUCCUAAGGCUAUAAAGGAAAUCAGAAAGUUCGCUCAGAAGGCCAUGGGGACAACUGAUGUUAGAGUGGAUGUCAAGCUAAACAAGCAUGUGUGGAGCCGUGGAAUCAGGAGCGUGCCAAGGAGAGUUCGUGUUAGAAUUGCAAGGAAGAGAAAUGAUGAAGAGGACGCAAAGGAGGAGUUUUACUCACUUGUCACUGUUACUGAGGUUCCUCCAGAGGGAUUCAAGGAUCUGGGCACCAAGGUCAUCGACGAAGAGGACUAAAGUAGCCUGUUUCCUUAGUUCUUAGUCAAGAAACUCCAGUUUUGGUUUUUAUCUUUAAUUAAUCUUGUGAUUUUGGUUUUUGUUUUGGAUUUCUUUGAAAAUCUUUGGCAGAGAAUAUACACUUGAAAGACUUUUUUGUGAUUUUAUCUUAAUGUCUAUUGUUUCAUUCAA